AUGAUUAAUUUUACUUCACCGCAUACAAAUGAUCCUAUUAAAAAACUUCAAAAUUUGUUAAACAAUUGUUUACAUUCGAUAAUAGAUGUGUUAAGCAAUUUAUCUUACAAAGGAGAACAUAAAGAAUUAGAAAUUGAAUCUGAUGAAACAAGCGAAUAUUCAUACUUUAUAAAUUUAUUAAAAGAAAGAGAAAAAGAAAAUAUAAAUAAAGGCACAGAAAAAGUAAAAGAUGAAAAAGGAACAAAUGAUGAAUUAGAAUCUCUCAAUAAAGAUGAAGAAACAAAUUAUUUCAUUAAACCAAAGUUUGAAAAAUCAAUAAAAGAAGAAAUAUUAGAUAGAGUAGAAAGAAUGAAUUUAAUUUUAAAAACAAUUGAUGAAUGUAUUGAUGAAUUACCAGAUUCUUUAAUAAUAGAAGAAGAAAAAUGUAAGGAAAUAAAAAUGUUACAAAAAAAAAAAGACGCAGCUAAGGAUGAGUUAAAAAAGCUAUAUAACGAAUAUGAUUAUAUAUAUAACUACGUUACAUAUUAUUUAAGAGAUUUGAUUGUUAAUAUAAAAUAA